CAUACAUUUGCACUAACUUCUCUCCUUGUCAGGCUCAGAGGUCAGUGGCUCCUCGCUGUGGCUGUGAGCUGAACGCUCAGUGUGUGAUGUGCAGUGGACGUGCUCUCCCUCCUGCAGACACCCAGCACCAGCUCCCCCUACUGGACAGACUGGCACAGUUUGACCACUGCGUUCACCCCAUCCUCUCCUUUACAGAUGAUGUGAUGAUGAAUCUCCAUAUGCAGCGUGUGCUGAAGGGACACUGGCAGAAUCGUCCUCUGGAGAAGAUCAGGCCCAUCAAGAAGAUCUCGCUCAAGCAUAAGUUGUGUUUGGGUAGCCGCAUCUCAGACGCGUCAUCCAAAGACAAACACAAGCUCGCCAACUCUCUCCUCUCCACAGUCCGUUUGUCACAUCAUAAGGUGCGCUCAGAGAAGGUCUCUCAGCAUCAGUUAGAUAUCCCAGUCAGUGCCAGUAAACAUGAGUCUCGCCAGCAUUUCCGCCAGAGCAGUUCUUUUGACAGAAGUCACAGCCGCAAGAGACCUCGUGAACCCUCGCUGGACCGUACAGAGAAUGCUCCAAAGUUGAAUAUGGACAUGGGGAGUCCAUGCCCAUCUCUGUCCGCUCUAAACAUGCCCACCCACAGCCUCCUGAUGAGACAGCCAUCAAUCUCCGAGACCUCCACACCCCUUCACCUCAACAGCAGUGCCGCCACUAUUCGCCGACGGAGAGGAGAGAGCCCCUUUGAUAUCAAUAACAUCGUCAUCCCCAUGUCUGUGGCCGCCACCACUCGAGUGGAGAAACUACAGUAUAAAGAGAUCCUUACCCCAAGUUGGCGAGAAGUGGACAUUUUUGCAAAACCAAUAUCUGAAGAGGAUGAUGCAGUGGAGAUUGAGGAUCUCUCCGAUGUCACAUUCUCUCAGCUUUACCUUUCGUAUGAGGAGCAGGAGCGCUCUCGAUGGAGUUGGAGUGCCAGCAACAUUGCAAAGAGAAGGGGCAGCAGGUCAUACAAGUCUGUGGAUGGACGGACAACCCCCUUGCUGUGUGGCACAAACCCCUCCACGCCGCAGCCGUCGUCUCCAGACACGGCAUAUUUCCACCUGCUGCAUGAGUACAACUCGGUGGCAUCUCCAUCCAGCCCUGUCAGUCCAGAGAUGCUGAUGCUGUCCGGCCUGCACACUCCCGGCUCCAGAGACUCCCAACGGCUGCUGUCCAACGAGGACACGUGCUGCUCCACCCCAGAUACCUACGAGGAAAUGCCGGUACAGCCAUGGGAAUGCCGGACAUUUCCUCUGGAUGUGGAUCCACAGCAGGAGAGCGAAAUCCAUCACAGUCCAGCUGGCGAGAGGCCCUGUAGGACCAUUCGACGGGUGUCCGGGUGCAGAUCAUCCAAGUCGGAGUCUGACGCUGGGCCUUCAUCACCUCUCGGCAAUGACGGCGCCAAGCAAAAACAAACCAACCCACCCAAACCUACUCACCAAUGAAGCCUAGACUCUGCCCACCCACCAGCUUUCAGAAACUGAAACAGCAGCAACGUAGAUGAAAAAAUAAAAUGAAUGAAAGUCCCUGUUGUUUGAUAUUCAAACAUCAGUAAAUUCUUUCACGGUUUUUAGUGAAUUGUAUGGCGAUAUAUAUUAAGACCUGUUUUAAUUCAGUCUUGCUUUUGGGUCACUGAAGAAUAAAAAUGUUUAAAAAAAUAAAAAGGAAGAAAGAAAUUAGCUUGAGGGCUAAACCAAAAUAAGCAGCUCAGAAACGUAUUGUAUAUCGCUGAAGAGCACUUCCCCCUUAGCAUGCUGUUGUACUGAGGGGCUCAGCUUGCAUUGUGUGUGGUACCCUUUCAGAUUUUUCCAAUAUCCCACAUAAAAUUACUCGUUCAGCCUUGCAGUUUAUACUGGAGUGAUAAAACGUUAAAAUAAAGCCAAUAAUAAUGAUUACAAGAGACUUGCAUGAAGGUACAGUCUUCAUUUUUAAAUUCUUUUUCUCUACACAUUCCCUGCUUAUUAUUUUAAACAGACAAACUUCCCCGUAUUUGAUGCCUGGGAGUUGCAUAAAUUCCAAUAUCUGGUUUUGAUUUCAGUCCCAUGUUCUCGUGAAUACCGUGGUUUGUCUGUGCCCCACUUCUGUCAAAGUGACGGAGAGAGCAGGUGCCUUCAUCGCAGCCAGAAAACGAAAGUGACGAGUUGCUCUCAUGCGCUUUUUAAAUGCCACCGUUUGAUUAGAGCACUUAAUUGGUCUCUUGCACGACAAUUGUCCGUAACCUUACAAUCAGCACCUGAAUAAACAUGCGCAGGACGCUAACAUUUGAGACUAGAUUCCACUCGCUGCAACUCUGUAACACUUAUCAUUGUGUAAUAAACCGUGUAAUUUCUCAUGUGGGUGUGAAUUUUGAAGCACUUGACGUUGCUAUGCAUGAUCUGGUUAGUCCAGAGAACGUGCAGUCACUCCAAUAUAAACUGAAAUGUGCUGACACUUGACUCGGUUUUGCUUUUGACUUAGCUCCAACCCCGUUUAAAGGAGCUCUUCCAUUGAUUGGUCAGGUCUAAACUUUUUGUCUUUGUUUAAUAAAACACAAUCUGCAAUACCUACAGCCAUCGUCGAAUCCCGUAACUUGAUGUUCGAGUAAUAAUGUUAGCUGGAGUGCUUGAUAAGAAAGGACUUGGCAGAUUUUCAUUUGUUUGGCUCCUCAGUUGCUGUCGGUCACAGCCAUGUUUUGAUGAGGAAUGAUUUCUGUUAGUUCCCCAGUCAGUGAGUCACUGCUUGCAACUCCCUCCUGUUAUUUUAACUAAUACGAAUGUACAAGUCUAAUAGCGGACACCAGUUACUUAAGAUUUUUAUAAGUAGCUUCUCUGUAUCCGUCGUCACACGUUUCUAGCUAUUGUAGCCAUUUGUUCUCGUUUAAGGGGUGUCAUGUAAACCAGAAAUCCUUAAUAUAUUCCUUUUCACUGGAGCGUAACAGCGAUCAUAGUGUCAGAGAAAUCUCAUCUUUUGAGGUUGUGGCAAAUCGUAAGGGGACCAUCCAUGACUGUCCCAUUUCCUGCUGAGAAACCCACCGCCCUUUUCAUUCUUAAUAUCAUUAAUUAUGGUUUUAUGUCUCUUUCUGUGGGGUUCUGUGUACUUAUCAGGCAAAUGUACCAUAAGGUUUGACUAGCUUUCAAAAGCCAAUAUUGUAUCGUGUGAGUUAUUUUCAUACUUUGAAUUUCCAAUGUGGUGAAUGAGGUUUGGGUGAGUCUGGUAUAUCCUUUAGCAUGUAAUAGUUUGUACAAAACGACAACAAAAAAAAGUUUAUUUUGUACAUACCUUGUUUGAUUCUUUACUGUGUUUGAUGUUCAGGCUGUAGCUGUCCUGAUUGUCUAGGGAGAAGACACAUGAGAAUAUUUAACACUUUCUUUAUGGAGAGGCAACAUGAAAAAAAAAAACAUGUUUAUGGAUAAUUGGCCGAUCUGACAGACAGGCAACGUUUGUGCUUCUCAAAUUAAAAGUGAAUUAUAUUGUA